AUGACAGAAACGGGUACAAAAAUCUUCAAUCGCACCUGCAUACCAAAAGAUAGAGUACACAGAGUCGCCAUCAUAUGUGGAGACCAAAAUCGAUUCGACAUGUUCAAAAAGGAUGCAACAAAUUAUCGUGAAUUUGGAAGCUACCUUUGCUGGAAAGCUGCAGAGUUCGAAUAUAACGGUGAUUACUUCCUCCUAGCAUGCCACGGUGUAGGAAGCCAUCCUACUGCAGUACUGGUCAGAGAACUCAUCGAACUCGGGGUAAAAUGUAUCAUACGAAGUGGUACCAGUGGUACUUACGUACCCACGGAACGUAAAAUCGGUGAUAUUUGUAUCUGUUAUGGAUGCGUCAGGGGCGACUCAGUAUCUCUACAUGAAAUCGACGCCGCAUUCCCUGCAGUGGCGCAUCCAGAUGUUGUUGAAGCGCUAAGAAAGGCAAGUGAAGGUCUUAAAUUACCAACACAUCUUGGUGUAUGCAAUACCACAGAUCUGUUCUACCGUACGGGAAUGCAUGGAGGUGAUCCGAGGGAAACACUUAUCAAGUGCGCAGUAGCUAUAGAAGACACGGACAAUUCUGCUCUACUGACACUAUGUAACAUAUAUGGCAUCAGGGGAGGAGCUAUAUGCACCAUUGAUGGAUGUCCAUUCGAAUGGCACCAGGGAAACUAUGGACCCAAAACUACGGAAAUGACCAGAGGAAAAGAAUGCAUGGUCAGGAUUACCAUGCAAGCCGCUUCAGAACUGGUUCAGAAAAUCAAAGAAGAAGAGACACAAGGAAUUACUGGUAUUUGA